GCUUGUACAGCGCCAUGACCAGCAAGGGUCCGGAGGGCGAGCACCCAUCUGUGACGCUCUUCCGCAAGUACCUGCGCAUCCGAACCGUCCAGCCCAAACCCGACUAUGGGGCUGCCGUUGCCUUCCUCGAGGAGAGAGCCCACCAGCUGGGCCUGAGCUGCCAGAAGGUGGAGGUGGCACCUGGCAAUGUGGUGACUGUGCUGACCUGGCCAGGCUCCAACCCUACACUGUCCUCCAUCUUGCUCAACUCCCACAUGGAUGUGGUGCCUGUCUUCAAGGAACAUUGGAGUCAUGACCCCUUUGAGGCCUUCAAGGAUUCUGAGGGCUACAUCUAUGCCAGAGGUGCCCAGGAUAUGAAGUGUGUCAGCAUCCAGUACCUGGAGGCUGUGAGGAGGCUGAAGGGUGAGGGCCACCAUUUCCCCAGAACCAUCCACAUGACUUUUGUGCCUGAUGAGGAGGUUGGGGGUCACCAAGGCAUGGAGCUGUUUGUGCAGCAACCUGAGUUCCAGGCCCUGAGGGCUGGCUUUGCCCUGGAUGAGGGCCUAGCGAACCCUACUGAUGCCUUCACCGUCUUUUAUAGUGAGCGGAGCCCCUGGUGGGUGCGGGUCACCAGCACUGGGAGACCAGGCCAUGGCUCACGCUUCAUCGAGGACACAGCAGCAGAGAAGCUGCACAAGGUUGUGACCUCAAUCCUGACAUUCCGGGAGAAGGAAAGGCAGAGGCUUCAGUCAAACCCCCACCUGAAGGAGGGCGCUGUGACCUCUGUGAACCUGACUAAGCUUGAGGGUGGCGUGGCCUAUAACGUGGUACCUGCCACUAUGAGCGCCAGCUUUGACUUCCGCGUGGCACCAGAUGUAGACCUGAAGGCUUUCGAGGAGCAGUUGCAGGGCUGGUGCCAGGCAGCUGGCGAGGGGGUCACCUUUGAGUUUGCUCAGAAGUGGACAAAGCCACGAGUGACACCCACUGAUGACUCAAACCCCUGGUGGAAAGCUUUUAGCCGGGCCUGCAAGGACAUGAACCUCACUCUAGAGCCUGAGAUCUUCCCAGCUGCCACCGACAGCCGCUAUCUCCGUGCAGUUGGGGUCCCAGCUCUGGGCUUCUCACCCAUGAACCGCACACCUGUACUGCUGCAUGACCAUGACGAGCGGCUGCAUGAGGCCGUGUUCCUCCGUGGGGUCGACAUAUACACACGCCUGCUGUCUGCCCUGGCCAGUGUGCCUACCCUGCCCGGUGACAGCUGAGCCUCAGGCUCCCCCAUCUCUGCCCCUGAGGCUUCCAUUGCAACGAGUGCCAAGGACCUCCUCUUCCCUCUGUCCAGUAAUAAAGUCUGUGUGUGGAUAGGCCGUGUCUCUGAAGUACUAACA